AUAAACCGUGUAAUCAAUUUGUCUAGAUGAGAAAACUGCGCAUCGAGAGCGUUUUGAUAAUCACAUUAUGCAUUAUUGGAAACGCAGACUGCAGUGUGGACUUGAGUUGGAUUUGGGGCAAUAAUAAACAUGAUGACGGUGUCAGCAAUCCCCCAGCCAAUAAGAGCGAAUCAAAACCUCCUGCUCCUGCCCCUGCCCCUGCCAACGUCUGUAAAGAUCCCAACGACCAGUAUGUUCUUAAAAAGUCUACAGAUGAAAAAAUGACACAAUUAGCAAACAGUGCAGUGCAAGAAGAUGCUUUGGCCAUAGUGGAUCGCAUGAGCCCAGAAGUGGUGGAAGUGGAGGAUGAGGUAGCACAUAAGUGUGAUCAGCCACAAUGUCAAUGCCCAAAAAAUGAUCAUCCCUGCACUGUACCUGCAACGACGGCCGCUAUAGAAGUUGAAGAAGCAGUUAGUGUAAGUCCAAGUCCGAGAUUGAUCAGAAAUGGUAAUGGUAUUGCUUUCAAAUAUGAGGUCGAUUUUGCAACGCCUUUAUUUGGUAUGAGAGGAUUCCGAGGAGCUGUGGCAGCAGGCUACAUCACUCCAAAAUCAAAGGCAGAAAACGUUGAAGCCUUCAAAGCAUUCACUACCUACACUGAAGGCACUACUAAGAUAUUCCUGGUUGGUGAAUUCGGACUCAUUAAGAAAGAUAAUACCACUUGGGGAAUAACAGGUGAAGUUUUCCUCGAAUUGAAAUUUGGUCAGGGCGAAGUACAUAUUGGUUUCGGAAUGAAAGUGACUACGCCGUUCAAAUCGUAUGGACUGGAGAAAGAAGUGGGAAACUACAUGAAGGAAAGUCCACCAUUCUGUAUAACAAUACCUCAGAUUGCUGGAAUAAGAUUCUGUCAAGUGGCAUUCGAUUUCAUUUUCCGAACCAAUUUCACUGGCAGUGCAUCAUUCAAACUGAAACAUCACCUGGACCUACCUGUGCUGACGUCACACGAAUGCACUACGGCUUUGUUUAUGGAGGUACCUUUAAUGGGCUGGAAGUGA